AUGGUGGCAGAGUUACCAUCUACAAGGGAAGAGCUUAUACAGCGUCAUAAGAAAGAGAGCAAAGAUCUUAUAGCCACUAUUACAGGAUUGAAGAAACAAGCAACCAAGAAAACUAGAAAGAGUGUAUUGUCAAAGUGUCAAGAAUUGGAAGAGAAUUUACAAAGACGGCAUAAAGAGGAGCUUCAACAGUUUGAUAAUGUGAAAUCAGAUCUGGUCAAUGAUUCGGCUUCUAUCGAAGAUGACAAUCAAGAGAUUACAACUGAAGAAUUACUUGCACAAUUAUCUCUCUCAGAGAAACAACCAGAAAUCAAACAAGAGGCCCCUGCUCCAACAACUCAACAACCAAAGAAGAGAAACAGACAAAAGGAAAGACUCGCCAAAAGACAAGCAGAAAUCGAUCGCAUAAAGCAUGAAGCCAGCAUAGAAGCGGCCAACUCCAUCGACUACCGCAAAAUUGAAAUCGAGUCUAUGGACCAACUCCUUGCCCUCCACCACCUAAAGCUCUUUGAAAUUAAACCAGAUGGACACUGUCUAUUUGCCUCGAUCCAAGAUCAAUUGGCUCAAAGACAUGAGAUUGAGAAGUCGGUUCAAGAAUUGAGAGAUUUAGCAGCUGAGUAUAUUGAUAAGAACAGGAACGAUUUUGUACCGUUUCUUUUCGAUGAAAGCACAUGCGAGAUUAAGGAUAUUGAUGAGUACUUGAAGGAACUUACAACAACAGCUAUGUGGGGGUCAGAUAUGGAAAUAUUAGCUUUGAGUAAGACUUUCAAUUGUCCCAUCAGUGUAUAUAUAGCGGGAGCAUCCACUUUAAAGAUAAAUCCUGAAGGAGAAGGCAAAGAAUUGAAAUUGGGGUAUUACAAGCAUUCAUAUGGUCUAGGUGAGCAUUACAACUCGUUAAGAGACUUUGAGUCUUCUUAG